AUGCAUAUUCUUCUCCCAUAUCUAUGGUUAGGCAGUUUUGAAAAUACAAGCUGGGAGUUUGAAGGUGCUAUGAUAAAGAAAGAGUUGUCUUCAGCCAUUAGGUCUAUAGUUGAAAGUUUAAAUCUAGAUUGGCAAAACCCACCCGGCCUUUCUCAGCUUACCUAUCAACAGAAGGAAUUGUUCUUUCAGGGUUUAUAUCAAACUAACCCUAAAUUUAGAGACUUACAUUAUCUGGCUUGGAACAAACUUGAUAAAUCUCAAGAAAAUGAAAGGAGUUCAGUAGCAGAGAAUGCUGAACUAAUGGCAUGGGUAAUGAAUAAUAAUUUUAGAACUCGAGGGCGUUAUAAAUCUUAUAGUAAAGAAGAUAAGUUAAAGGCUAUAGAAUUAUCUGAAGAGGUUGGUGAAAAAUCAGCCAGUUCUGAACUAAAUAUACCAAUAUCAACAAUUCGAUCUUGGAAACGAAACAUAAUCACUAAAUUUUAG